AUGCCUCGAAAAUCCACCUCCAGCACACCAGGCGAUCUGGAAGACACGCAAACACAGACACACACGCAAUCCCCCGACCUUCCCGACCAGUCGCCAUCCCAGCCCGCUCCGCAAUCAGUACAAGCGACAGAGCAGCAGUUGAAGGCGAGGGCAGAGGGCGUGAGUAUUGAGGAUUAUCUUCUUCCUCGCUCUCUAACCCUCCGUCUUGCCAAAUCCGUCCUGCCCCCGAAUACCUCCCUCCAGAAGGACGCGGUGUUGGCGAUCCAGAAGGCCGCGACGGUGUUUGUGUCGUAUUUGUCGUCGCAUGCCAAUGAAGCAACACUCAAACGCACCCUCUCCCCGGCAGACGUCUUCAACGCGCUCUCAGAACUAGAACUCGAGGGGUUCCGACCCCGAUUGGAGAAAGAGCUCGAUGCGUUUACGGACCUGAAGGCCGGGAAGAGGAAAAGUAAAGGGAAUUCGAGCGCGAACACGAAUAAUACCGGUGCUGCUGCUGCUGCUGCUGCGACUGCUGAUGGCGAUGUCGAUGGCGGUGUCGAUGUCGGUAAGGAGGGUUCAGCUGGCGUUGUCGAGGGAGGGAAUGAAGGGCCGGGGAGUGCGAGUGUUGCGAGGGGCGCGAAGAGGGUGAAGAGAGAUGGGCUUGGUAAUGGGAAUGGGGUUCGUGGGGAUAAUGAUAAUGACGAGGACGAGGAAGGAGAUGGAGAUGAGACGCAGGAUGAGCCUGAGAAGGUAGAUGAGAAUGAGACGGAGGUUGAUGAGGAAGAGGAAGAAGAGGAGGACGAAGAUGAGGACGAGGUACCAGAGGAAGAAGAGGAUCCGGAUCGUGUGGAAGAUCUAGAUCGAGACUCGAGAGCCAAACGGACGAUGGACCCCGACGCGGCGGGCGAUGAUGAUACGGAAAGUGAGGAUGAGAAUGGGCCGGGGUCGCAGUUGCGAGGGGAUUUGGGACUUGGAUAG